AUAUCGUGACAGUGUUGUUCCUCAGGCAUUCGAGUUAGAAAACGCGACAAAAACAAAAGUACUGUCCAUAGAUACAAAGGGACGCCGGAUUCUUGCGACUUAGAGAAAUUAUAAAAUUGAGUGUCGUUUCAAGUGAGUCAGUUUAAAAAUGGCAGGUCGGGAAGUUUUGUCUUCUGUUCCGCUGCAGAUGCUUUUGUAUUUAAGUGGAAUAUAUUUAUUGAUAUUUUUUAUUGGAGAAGUAUUAUUAUUCAUUUACAAGGGCGAAGUUCUUACUUAUCCAAGCGACAACUUAGCAGUAGAUGUAAUAUUGUUAUUUCUACUAUGUGGGAUGGAAGUAUUAAGGAUAUUUUUUGCUUCUAAAGGGAAUCUAACAGAACGUACAUUGACAAUGCUUGGUUCGGUUAUGCUCCUUGUUCCAACCGUUGUCCUUGUUGUUUACUUUCUUGUUUGGCAAACUUAUGUCUUGCGGAUGGAUGUGAUUUUGACUGGAAUAUUUUUAGGACUUCAAUGCAUUGAACUUAUAUUGUCUCUUGUUUCAAUGGUUGUAUUUGGAAGGCAUUCAUAGUAAUUGGAAAGCAAUUGAAUGGAGAUCAGAAUAUCAGAUUGGUGUAGUGUCUUUUGCUGCUGUUAGAGGUGGUCGAGUCGACAUAUGCUUCCAUUUUUACCACAUAAUUUUUUUUAUAAGCUGAUUAUGUUUUAUAAUAUAUAUUUUUCAUGUUCU